UAAAAAUAGAUGUUUUGUUUAUUUUCAUUUUGGGUAUAUAUAUGCUCCGAUCAAGCAUAACGUGUCGAUGCCAUGCAAAUUAAGACGUGUCUAUUAUAAUUUUUAUUCUAGUUUGAAAUUGCAUCAGUUACUAGAUAUUAAAACGCUGUAAACACAUGCGUUUUGAGUUGGUAUAGUGUGAUCACGCUCUGCACAUGUGAUUAUAUAACAUCCGAGCGCUCGCCUUCGUGAUCAGGUGAUGAUCACGGUCCGAAUUUGAAUGACAGACAGUGCAUCAACGUGCUGGGCUACAUGUGAGUAAGCCAUAUUUUGAUGAAACACUUAAGUAGGUUGAGCACAAGCCCGCAUAUAGAUUUCCUGAUCCGUAGUGAUGAUUGACUAAAGCUACGAUGAUGUGACGGUGAUGAUCGGGUGAGAUGGGGGGUAAGGCCAGCAGUCUGAUGUGGUGUGAUCCGACCAGAUCACUAAAAGGUUCGUCCUACAUCUACAGCUACAAGUUACCUCCCCCUAGCUUUCACUUCAACUGGACUGACCUUCACUACGCAGCCAGCCAUGGAAAUUUCUCAAGAAUUCAAGAAAUCAUAAUUAAAUCAGGAACUGUUAGUGUGAACCACCAGGACUACUAUGGUAAGACACCAUUGUACUGGGCUGCCUACAAGGGCUACAGGUCUUGUGUGGAAGAGCUUUUGAAGUGUGGUGCAUUAGUGAACAUCCACUGUCGACAUGGAGGGACAGCGUUACAUGCAGUGGUCGGACUCUACCCUGAAUGUGCCUUGCUACUCAUACAACAUGGAGCUGAUGUAAACCAGGUGGACAACUGGGGUGUGACACCUAUGUACCUGGCAGCAUCCAGUGGUCAACUGGAGGUCAUCCGGUACCUGUUGGCAGCUGGAGCUAAACCCUCAUUCAGAAACAAGAAAACAGGUGAUAUUCCAAAACAGCUGGAUGUUCAUAAGCAGUUCUGUGAUUGGCUAUUGAAUUUAUCCAAGAACCCACCCUCACUCCAACAGAUGUGUCGGACCAAAGUCAGAGAGAGGCUCGGUGAGCCGCUGAUGAUCAAGAUGGACACAUUAAAUUUGCCGACAAAAAUCAAGGCUUACAUCUCCCUGAAGAAUUUCAGCUAGUCUCUGGAUCGCUGUUAUUAUAUGGUUAUUACUGUUGAUGAUGUAAGGGAACGUCUAUUAUCAUGUCCUUGCAGGAUAAUCUUAUUGUGACAGUACUAGAUUUUUGUGUACUAUAGGUAUAUUAAUAAACUUGUUAAAAUUGAUACAAAGCAACUAAAUAUUACAUAGAAAUAAACAUAGAAAUAUGUUUUAUAUGCAAACCAAAGAAAUCAUCAACAAGGCAAAUGUAGUCGAUCAUCGCUAACCUUGUCAAGCCUUGCAGUCAUCUUCAUGCGAUAACUUUCAUGUCCAGGUUACAACAUCACGACAAAAUGUAAUCAAUAGUAUAUAUUUAUAUGUUUAUAUGUAUACCUGUAUAUAGAAAUAGGUUCAUUGUAAUAGAGGAUGUCACAUAUUCUUAAAAUCAAAUGAAUAGUUACACUAUAGUAUUGUGGGAUGUGAUUGUCAAUCUAUUAUCUACAUAAGUGUAAUAUGCAUUUUUUUUUGUCAAUUUACCCAUUUUUUGGGGUAAAACAUAUUUGCAUUUUCAUCAAUUAUAACAUUUGAGAGUCAAUAUAUGCAUUUAUCUAUAUGACACAUUAUUUACUUUUGCUAAUUGAAUUUUUCAAAAUCAAAUAUGUUGAGUAUUAUGGUGGAGGAAUUAACUUUAAAGUCAACUCUUAUAAUGUCUUAAAAAUAUAGAAGAUUAAAAAAAAAAAGGAAAUUUUAAUACAUAGACAUAAUGUCCUUUAGGACAUGGGCCUCCAAUCUCCUGUUUUGUGUUCAGAAUAACUGAACAAGCUGCUAUUUUAAAUAAACUUACAACAUUUGAUAUAGCAUCCUAUCUAACUACAAUAAUAUAAGCUACUCUAACUCACAUUGAUAUUCAAUACAUACAAUCAGUAACAUAUAUAAAUCAAUACAAUUUUUGAGGAAUUUGCAGGAACUGCUUUACCUAGCAUUAACUACUAGCCAUAUGCCACCUGGCUAAUACUUCCAGGUAUGUGUAUGCCUGUGUGUGUGCUGAAGAUGCAUUAUGAUCUGUUUUGCAAUUAGACCAUGCUUCCAAUGGCAUCUUUUUUAUAUGCUUGAAUGCUACAGCAUAGACACUGCAUAAACACCCACCCAGACCAUUUUAUACUCUAUUGCUGGAGUUGUGUGGGUGGGAGAAAAACACUAUGUCUUAAUAUUUCAUGCUAUAAAGCCUUUUAGGGUCGCAUCCUGACUGUUGGCAUAGAAGGCCAAUGUUAUACACUCGACCAUGUCUGCUAUAAUAUUCUGGAGUUAAAUAAUAUUAUGUGUUCUAAUGUCAUAAGCAUAAACCAUUCUAAGCUUUUUGAGGAUAUCACAAUAUGCCUGGAGUAGAUCACAAUAUAUUGCAAUACAGAAGAAAUGUAUGACGAUACAGAUCCCAAUAUUAUGUCAAGAAGCGAAAGGUACUCAGUUUGAAAAGAAAUUGUUGUGAGAGUGUUAUCAAACUGAAUCAUAUGUAUUAAUUAUUAUUAAAGACGAAUCAUAGAUUUUUGUUAAACCAACCAUUGAUUAUAAAAUCACAUAUAUUAACAACUGAUUCCCAACACUAGCAAAAGCCUAUUCAUGGGUAUUUUCCUACCUGUUAGAAUUUGUAGUAAUUUGAAUUGCUAAAACACCUAGCAAAUACAUGAAAUAAUUAUAUAAGCUCCUGAAAAAUAUUGCGAUACAGCGAUAUUUCAUUUCUGUAUUACAAUUUGAUACGAUAUAUGCCUGUGUAUUGCGACAUACACAUUUUCCAAUAUAUUGUGACAACUCUCAGGCUUUUUAAUGUUUCCGUUAUCACCUGUGUGGUUUGUAUAAAUGUAAGGUUGUGAACAUUAACCAAUUGUGGCUUUAUGAUGUUUCUGCUAAUAUUGAUUACUGUAUUGAAAUGUAGGAGAUUUUUGUCUUGUCUGCCAGUAUUUGUUUCCCGGUGUUAUGAUCGUAAACACUUGUUGUCAUUUAAUGCCAAGUGGAUUUUAUAUGUUAAGUAGUUGUUGUUAUUACCCAUAUACUGAAAAGUAUUUUGUAUUAAGGUAAAUCUGACGAGUUUCCACUGUGGACACUUUUCUUGUGAUAGCAUUGACCAGCUCUCAUAGAAGAUUGAAACGUGCUCUUUGCUGAAGAAACCACAGUAUCGUUGUAUGCUAUAAACUAACAUGAUUGUUUCAUGUUAUAUUUUGUUUUCCACAAUAAUUAUGUUGACAAAUAUCUAAAAUUUAUCAAUGUGUAUUGAAUUGACCCAUUCACCCCUAAAGUCACUUUUGAACCUUACUAAAGAAAAGACUGGACAAUUCCAGUUUAAAUAUGUAGGGGUGUAAUAGUUAGCUAUUAAUAACCUUGAUUAUUAACUAGCAAUUUUAGACAGGAGCGAUAUUGCUUCUUGCUGCAGUUCAGUUUUAUUUUUCAUUUAGUAUUUGCGUGCUAAACCAAGAAACCAGAACACGAUGCAAUGUAUAAUAUGUGCCUAUAAGAAACCAUUUUGCCAUAGUCUGUGUUCUAUUUGACACUUUAUUUUCUGUGUCACAGAGAAAUAUAUUUUUGAUAACAACGAUUGAGCUAUUCCUUAAAUUGAACAUGAUGUUGUACUGGUAACAUUUGGUAACUUUAACAAAUAUUUUUUCCCUUUUUUUAUUUUUUUUUACUUUCUGGUAAAAUCUGCCACCUAUACCUUUUGAAUUGUCCAUUUUUUUAUAUAUCAAACCAUAAAAGGUAACCCUUUCUGUUACGAUACUGUCAUUUUUCAACAGCACAUGCCCUGAUUUAGAUUUAAAUGCAGGUCAAUGUUCAUUGUAACAUUGGCACGGUGAGAUGUUUAUGUUAAACAAAUUACCAUACAUUGAAAAAUGACCAUGCAUGUGAGGCACGUUAGUCUAGUGAUAGGCCAUCGGGCUCGUGAUCAAAGGGUUGCGGGUUCGAGUCACGGCACGGCUCUGUGUUGUAUCUUUGAGCAAGAUACCUUACUCCGCUUG